CGGAGGGAUUGCUUCGCUUCUCCAAACUAGUUUGAUCUGAGAUGCCUCCAAAGGGACAGCCAUAUCAGAAACGUGACACUUCAGUCAAUAUUUUCACUGGCGUCUGGUCUAGCAUAGUCUACUCCAAGAUCUGGUGGUCACCUUACUACCAAAACAUUUAUUGCCUGUUGUGCUGCAUCAACUUCAUGCUUCUUAUGAUUUUCAUGGCAACUCCCAUAUGGCUUCGGCAAAAUUCCACGAAAGACUAUACAUUUAUUGGGAUAUGGAGUAUAUGUGACGAGUUAAGCUGUAAAGACCUUUCUCUCCCUGAGGAAGCCCAUCUGGAUACCAUCCGUUUUUUUGUGAUUUUGGCCUUCAUCUUCACCUUACUCGCCUUUAUCUCAUCACAAGAUUUUAUAUCUCGCCUCGUGGACACAAAAAUAACGGAAGACAUGAUCUCCUCAGCAUCUAACUUCUUUGCAGGAAUCUUCCUGAUGAGUCUGCUAUUGAUUGUCCAUUUCCGGCUUAGGACUGUGCUUGAUGAUCUUAGAGGCCAUAUCAGAGUCUGGUGGGGUUUCAUUGGAAAUUGCAUCAUUUGUGUACAUUGUUUUGUGUUAGGCACACUCAGUCUACUGAGAUAUAAAAGUCUCGUGCUGAAACGUUUAAAAAGAGAGUCCUCCAGAAGAAUAUUGAGCAUGGACAGGGUAAAAGGAAGGACAAGCAUUCAGCUAACAAUACCUCGGAAUUGAACAAUUCCAUAAAUAGUGGUUCAGCAUUCCAAAAUGCAGACCCCUCCUCAUUUUCCCCACCAA